UUUACCUGUCUCGUCGUCUUAUUUUCCAAAAUGAAGACGUGUUUUUGGUUAGGACUACUUUUUCUUCCCCUGGCUUAUUGUGCGUUGGAUAACAGAGGGACAAACUUUCUGGUAGCGUUUCUGGACAAUUUCCAUAAACCUACGCAAGACAUUAGCCCAGAGCUGUUCAUCACCACUGCCAGUACAAAGCCAGUGCACGUUCAUGUUACCUCUCCGGGUUCUACCCACCCUAGUAUCUCCCAGUCCUUCGUGGUCACUAAGGGUGUCGUCCAUAAAGUGGAGGUUGACCCCCAUUUCCGGUUGAACCACACCCAGCUGACACAUAAAGUCAUCAAGAUCUCGGCCAGCGACGAGAUCGUGGUUUACGGCGUGAACAGGGAGGCGGCAUCUGAUGACGGGUACCUGGCUCUACCCACCAACGUCCUGGGUAAGGAGUACUAUACCAUCUCCUACUCCCCCGCAUACUACUACUGUGUGUUUGGAGUCAUUGCGGGACACGACAACACACAGGUCUCCAUUCAGCUUCCAAAUCAUGACGGCAUUGAGGUGACUUAUAAACACCAUGUUUACCACAAAAACGAUUGGAUAAACGUCACAAUGAACAAGUUCCAAGCUCUUCAAAUAAGUGCGGUUGGGGAUCUUACAGGAAGUCACGUGAUUUCAAAUUACCCGGUAGGUGUCAUUAGCGGAAAUAAGAAAGCAGUUGUUGGAAACACCGGCGGAUCACGUGACCAUUUGACAGAGAUGUUAAUGCCUGUACAGUCGUGGGGCAAGAAUUUCGCCACGGUGCCCGUCCCUCAGAGAACAGUGGGCGACAUCUUCCGUUUUGUGGCUAGUAAAGACAAUACAAAGGUCACCGUGACAAGUAAGGUCAACGGAACCGUCGUCCACCAAAACUUCACCAUCCAUCAUGCAGGGGACUACGUUCAGAAGAAGUUCAGUUCUUCCAUGUACUCGCACAUUCAGGCCAGCGAUCCAAUCGCCGUGUUCCAGUUCUCUCAGACCCAGGCCUCGGCCCACGAGAAUAUAGACCCCUCAAUGAUCACUGUCCCUCCCAUUGAGCAGUACGGCACGGACUACACGUUCACCACCCCCGAGUACUCCAAGGGCCAGUACCAGAACCAGUUCAUGUUUAUCGUCGACAGUCGCCACAAGGGAGGUCUUCUCCUUGACGGACACCAUCUACCUCAUAACCAACACUACGUCCAUAUCCCCGGCACCCACCUGGUUGGAGGCUACGUGAACAUAACAGUGGGCACCCACACGGUAUCCCACAAAAAUCCGAACAUGACCAUUGGGGGGAUCCUGUUUGGAAGGGCUCACGUAGAAUCGUACGGCUUUCCUGUUGGAUUCCUUGUUAAACCAAUCAACCCAGUCACCCAUGUCCAGGUCACCGCUCCACCCACAACCCCGCCAACCACACCCCCACCUACAACACCCAUGCCUACCACCACCGGUCCAGUGUGUGACGCUCCCCCGAUGACCAGGGGCGAUGAAGUGGACAAUGACUGUGAUGGCCGUGUGGACGAAGAGAACUGCGACGGCACAGAUACCGAUGGCGAUGGGCAUAUCGACGAAGACUGCAAUAAUGAAGAAUUACUAUUCAUUCAUUCAUUCAAUAUGACGAAUCAAAUCUGGGUUGUUCUUCUUGUACUGGUUCCUCUGGUCCAUGGUGCGUUGGACAGUAAAGGAAAGCAGUUUAUCAUAACUUUCAUGGAAAACAAAAUUCUAAACAACACCGAUUACAAGCCAGAAAUUUUCAUAACCACUGCCAGCACCAAUUUGGUUCACGUCAACGUGACGUCACCUAAAUCUCAACACCCGCAAAUUAACGCCCACUUUACGGUCACGCGGGGCAUAGUUCACCGCGUUGUUGUGGAUCAGGACUUCCGUCUGAACCAGACAGAGCUCAGUACAAAGGGCAUCUUGAUCUCCGCUGACGAGGAAGUGGUUGUUUAUGGUGUUAACAGAGAGCUGUGGUCGGACGACGGCUAUCUGGCACUACCCACGGACGUCCUGGGUAAGGAGUACUACACCGUGUCCUACUCACCCUCGUACUACUACUGCGAGUUCGCCGUCAUCGGCGUACACGACCACACACAUGUUCACAUCAAAUUACCCAACCAUCGAAACGUCACCGUCCACUUCAGGGGCCAUGUCUACCACAAAAACCAGUGGAUCAAUGUGACCCUCAAUCGAUUCAGCACUCUAGAGAUCAACUCUGUCGGAGACCUCACGGGCACCCACAUCAUAUCUAGCAAACCCGUGGGCGUUAUCAGCGGGAACAAGAAGACGAUAGUUGGUCAUGGAAAAUCACGUGACCACUUGACUGAGAUGUUACUUCCUGUACAGGCCUGGGGCAAGAACUUUGCCACCGUGCCCAUUCCCGAUAGACAUGUCGGGGACAACUUCCGGUUUGUCGCAAGCAAAGAUAAUACACACGUGAGCGUAAGCGGCGUAAUCGAUGGCAAGCCGUUCACUGAUAAUUUCGUUAUCCAGCAUGCUGGAGGAUACGUUCAGAAGCAUUACAGCUCCAAAUUAUACUCCCACGUGACUUCGGACCAACCAAUGGCUGUUUACCAGUUUUCAGUGACUCAGACCUCACAUACGGACCAGGCUGAUCCCAGCCUCAUCACGAUCCCACCCAUCGAACAAUACGCGGCAGACUACACGUUCACCACGCCCCAGUACUCCCAUGGACAGUAUCACAACUACUUCAUGUUCGUGGUCGAUUCCAAUCAGACCGCGGGAUUGAUUCUGGAUGGAAAGUCGCUGCCCCAGAGCCAGACUUAUGUCCAUAUUCCAGGCACCAACCUAGCGGCAGGAUACGUAAACAUUACAGUGGGAACCCACAGUGUUUCACACCUCAAUCCUAACACGGUUAUCGGUGGAAUCUUGUUUGGUAAGGCCGGACUCGAGUCCUAUGGAUUCCCAGUUGGUCUACUAACACAACCUGUUAACUCAGGCUGCCAGGCGAAGGCUAUGACCCCCGGGGAUGAGGUGGACAAUGACUGUGAUGGUGAGGUGGAUGAAGAGGACUGUGACGGAAAAGACAAUGAUUCUGAUGGCAAAAUUGACGAAGAUUGUAGCGGGGCUCCUCUUAUUGUUAUUGGGAGAAAAUAAAAUACUCUAUACAGUAUGCUAUUUUCCAAAUCAAUGGUUUUCUAAAAUUGUACCUCUAUCCUGAAAUAAAGAUUUUUUUUUCAUUUUGA